UUUGCACCAUUUAUUUUUCAGAGUGAUCAGUUCAAUGUAAAGAGCCUGAAAGCACUUCAUUCAGAUUUGAACAUUCCAAUUCCCGAACCUCCAUAUUCAAACCAUGAAGUAGAAGAGUUCCCAUCAAAAAAAAGAAAAUUUACCUGUAUUGAUAAUGACCAGUGUGGGACAAAGGUAUUAGUUCUACCUAGUGGUUCUGCAUCUUCUAAUAAAACCAUUUCUGCAAUGAUCGAUUUGGUUAAACCACGUGUCAGAGACUUGGUAGAAGAUGCAAAUAAGCUGAAAAUGUGGAUCCAGUUCAUGAUUCCUCGUAUUGAGGAUGGAAAUAACUUUGGUGUUUCUGUUCAGGUAUUUGUCAUACAUUUAUUGGAUACACAUGUAAAUCUUUUGAAAUUGUUAUUAUUUUCUUCAUUGUUGUUAGAUCAGUAUCAUAAACCUGGGUUCACUCUAGAAAGAAAAAAGGAAAUUAGAACAGUGGAAAGCGAAGGUGCUUCGUACUUUGAUCAGCUGUCUCGAUACUAUAUGACAAGAGCUAAAAUUGUAUCAAAAGUUGCAAAAUAUCCUCACAUAGAGGAUUAUCGGCGAACAGUAGAUGAGCUCGAUGAAAAGGAAUAUCUUGGACUAAGAUUAGUGCUAAGUGAAGUAAAAAAUCAUUAUGCAACAGUCCAUGAUGUUAUUACCAAAAACCUGGAAAAAAUAAAGAGGCCACGAACUUCGAACAACGAGGUUAUGUAUUGAAAGUAAUUAUGGGAUUACUUGUUGGCCACAAUAAAAUACUUUUAUUUCUAGUUGUCAUAAAAAGACGCAUUUACCUAGAAAUACACCUUUUCUUAAAACCAUGUGACAUGUUAAAUGUUCAUAAACUAUGUGAUACAGAGUAUUUUGACAGUAGCUUGUGCAGUAAUUUAACAUUUUUUUUUUCUUUAUGUUGUUUUAAAACUAAGUUGAAGCUUAAGAAAAAAAUAAAUGAAAUAUUAUAGUAGCUCUUAAAAAGAAUGUUUGGAAAAUAAAUAUAUUGUUAAAAUAUACAUUUUCUAGACAAGUAAAAAAAUGGUAUUGGCAAACUUACUCUGUUUUUUAAAUAAAUUUUCAUCUGUCUUAGAUCUAGAACUUACAUCUACAAACAUUGUUUAUGUAAAAGACAGAUAGCAGUGAUGAAAUUAAACACUUUUAUAAAUGUUUGUUUUUACACAAAUUGUACCCGACACACCUGACUACUUCCAUAAGGUUGUUCAUCAGUCAUGUCCGUGUUUAAAAAUUUCAACUUACACAAGCAGGUGUUUGUCGGUAAUUGUAAUCAGUCUUAUUUUAAAUUAUGAAGAAGUUACGGCACUAUACAUGAUCUGUUUUACAUGAAAAAGUUAAUUUCUCAUACAUAUACAUGUGUUAAUCACUUUAAACAUUUUCUGUUGCCAGCAAGUAGUCUGAUAGUAAAUUUAUAUUUGUAAUGUAUGAAUCAGUUUGACGGAACAUUCUGUUUUAAAAUACAUUUCUCAAAGGAUCAAUAAAAGUGUUUUUUGUAACAAUGUC